AUGUUCCUACUUUGUCCGGUCCAAACCAUCCACCUCCAGCCCUUCCACUCCAAUCCCUUCCCUGUAUCUUUACCCAAACCCUUCUCUCCUAAACAACCAAUUCCCCAAGUCUAUAACAAAGAACUUGAAUCCUCCCCAAUUCACCGCCAUGACCGACCCGAACAUGCGGGGUACACCGCCAGCCCACCACCCCGACUCCAACUUGAACGCUUCAACCUCAUCCUCAACCCCAAAUCCAACCCCCGCCAGAGUACAAGGGCCGGCACCAGCGCCGCAAACAACAAAAAUGCAAAUCCUCCCUCUCAACCCUCCCUCGCAACCCGCAUCCAAUCCUCCGCCACAUCCCUCGCCCGAUCCGCCCUAACAGGACCCAGCGACUACGCGCAAACCCUCAACACAGCAACCCAAGGCAAAGCAGCCCCAGGUCCCUCCUCAGGACCAACAUCAGCCUCAGCCUCAGCCAACUACACCACACCCCAAACAAACAAUGCCCCCUCCUCACAACAACAACCCACACCCGCACCAACCUUCCGCACAACCCCAACCACCAAUCCCCGCGGCGCAUUCUCAAUCCCAAACAUAACCGAAGAAGAAUUCCAACGCGUCUACACAGACACUGGCACCUACGGCCGAGCAUACUACGAAGAAACAGGACCAACAACCGCCCUCAAGCCCAAUGAGUCACUCAACGCAGGCACAGGCGCAGGCGCAGACGCAGACGCAAGCCAAACCUCACUGGACGACCUCCAAUCCCACACAGGCCCCUGGAAAGGAAAACACAGACUCCAAGAUCCUGUUCAAUUAGAAUACACCACAGCCUGGGAACGCGCCAGUCCGCACAAAACAUACAAUACAUACACAGACACAUACACGCCCGUCUCAACAGACGGGGACGCAGUCACAGCCCUCCUCGCAGAUCCAUCCUUCGACGCAGCCAACGACGAUGCGGAAAAUUAUCAUCUCGAUCUCGAGCUAGAUACAGAGUUGGCUCCUCUGUCAAACGAGGAGGUGGAAAUGCUCGAGUCUUUCCGUCGGGAGUUUGGUGUAUCUAGAUCUGGCUCGGGUUCGGGGAGAGCACUCCCGCAAGGAUCCGUGGGGCUGUCCUCUGUCAGCCUUGUCCCUGAUAUCGACGCUUUUCUGAACGAGCAUGAUGGGAGUGGUGUUUCGCUGAGGGACAGCGUUUUGGCUGAGUUGCCGGGGUCUGGGGAGUGGGUUGGUGUGCAGGAGAGGUAUCAUGAUGAGGUUUGGGGGUAUUUGAGGCCUGCGCUUGAGGCGGCGAGGGAGGAGAUUGAGGAGGCGAAGGGUGGUGGUGGUGAAGGGGUGGGUCAUGGGGAUGGGGAUGGACCGGCUGUCAGGAGGUUGAAGAUGAUUUUGAAACAUAUGGGUGGGUGA